CUUUUCCAAUCUGCUUCAGAGCCAUGAAUUACAGCUGGAUCCUACCAAACUUGAGAUGCUGUUUGCUCUUGUACAGAGCAACGAGCAGGGGCAGAUCUGCUACCACGAAUUUGUCAACCUGAUGGUGUCCAAGCUCAUUUCUUGAGCAAAAGAAGGAUGUAACGGAGUGAUAAUGUUUUGCCCCAGUUGUAUCUCUCUUAGAACUUGAUUUAGACUGCUGUUCACUCUACUGACCUAUGACUGUGCUGCAACACACAGCUCGAAUCACAUCAUCAGGUUCGCCGAUGACACGACCGUGGUGGGUCUCAUCAGCAAGAACGAUGAGUCAGCAUACAGAGAGGAGGUGCAGCGGCUAACAGACUGGUGCAGAGCCAACAACCUGUCUCUGAAUGUGAACAAAACAAAAGACAUGGUUUUUAACUUCAGGAGAGCACAGAGCGACCACUAUCCGCUACAUUGACGGCUCCUCCAUUGAGAUUGUUAAAAGCAGCAAAUUUCUUGGUGUUCACCUGGCGGAGAAUCUCACCUGGUCCUUCAACACCAGCUCCAUAGCCAAGAAAGCACAGCAGCAUCUCUACUUUCUGCGAAGGCUGAGAAAAGUCCAUCUCCCACCCCCCAUCCUCAUCACAUUCUACAGAGGAUGUAUCAAGAGCAUCCUGAGCAGCUGAAUCACUGCCUGGUUCGGAAAUUGCACCGUCUCGGAUCACAAGACCCUGCAGCGGAUAGUGAGGUCAGCUGAGAAGAUCAUCAGGGUCUCUCCUCCCGCCAUUACAGACAUUUACACCACACGCUGCACCCGUAAAGCUAACAGCAUUGUGAAGGACCCCACGCACCCGUCAUACAAACUCUUCUCCCUCCUGCCUUCUGGCAAAAGGCCCCCUUCAUCUCUUGUUGCAGAUGAGCAGCAAGCGCUCAAGCAGUUUCCGAAGAGCGAUAUCCAAUGGACACAGGAACCUGCCACGUGAAUUCUUGCUCGAUGAACCCGGGCUAACUUUCUACAAGCGUUUGGUGAGGCAUGUAGCGUAUGAGAUUCUGCCGUGUGAAGUGGAUAGGCGCUGGUACUACAGCCAGUAUCGAGGCUGCCCACCACCUCUCUUCAUGACAGUCCUCACUAUCAUUCAGAUUAUUAUAUUUAUCUGCUAUGGGGCCAUGCUAAACAAGUGGGUUCUGCAGACCUACCAUCCAGACUACAUAAAGAGUCCUCUGGUAUAUCAUCCUGGCCAUCGAGCUCACGUCUGGAGAUUCUUCACCUAUAUGUUUAUGCAUGCAGGGUUGGAACAGCUGGGGUUCAAUGCAUUUUUGCAGUUGAUGAUUGGAGUGCCACUUGAGAUGGUCCAUGGGAUCAUGCGCAUCGGACUGCUGUAUCUGGCUGGUGUAUUAGCAGGAUCCUUGACUGUUUCUAUCACUGACAUGAGAGCACCUUUGGUUGGAGCCUCUGGCGGCGUUUAUGCGCUCUGUUCUGCACACUUGGCCAAUGUUGUCAUGAACUGGGCAGGAAUGAGGUGUCCUUAUAAACUGCUCCGAAUGAUACUGGCACUUGUCUGCAUGAGCUCUGAGGUUGGGCGUGCGGUUUGGCUGCGUUUCUCCCCUCCGCUGCCCUCGUCUGGCCCCCAGCCCAGCUUUAUGGCACAUUUGGCUGGAGCGGUGGUGGGAAUCAGCAUGGGACUCAUCAUCUUGCGCAGCUAUGAGGAGAAUCUCCACCAGCAGUGUGCCUGGUGGGUCAUGGUGUUCUCUUAUGCUGUCUUUGUCAUUUUCGCAAUUUUCUGGAACAUUUUUGCAUAUGAUCUCCUGGGUGUGCAGAUCCCACCUCCACCGUAGGUAGCCAUCGGUCUGCUUUGGAACACAUCCCAACAGAGAGGUUUAGUUGGCUCUGGAACCUCUUUGCUAAAGAACAAACAUUCAAUGGACCUUUAAAGAACAACUGUUAAAACAGACCUCAUGACUACUGAAUUUUUAUCAUCAUUGUGAUCGACCGAAUUUUUAUCUCAACUACUUGAUAAUGAGCAUAAUCAAGAGUUAAUAUCACUUGCCAGUCAUGGGCUUUUGAAAGUAUAGAUACAUUGUUUACUUUAAGUGGUGAACUGGUAUUGUGGAAAUUUAACACUCUGCUAAAGAGUCUUCAAGCCAAGUCACUGCAAAGUUCAGAUGGGUGGAGGUGCUUAACUUGAUGUGAAGGGCAUAUUUACUUUUUGUAAAAGAUACAACCUCAAAAGCAUACAGUAUGUCCGGAGAAUUAAGGUGCAGUUGGUACAGUUGGAGAUCACAGAGAAAUAUAGCCAGUGUGUUAACAGCCUAAUGCUUUUUCAGAUUAUAAGUGCCCAACAUCAUAGACUUCCUAGUUUUGAUCCAUAUAGGACAGUCUAUCUGGAAUGAUGGUUUCUAGGGAAUGGUUUCGAAAGCCCAAAUUUAACUCAUAUAGAAUUCAUUUUACUAGUUCUCAAUUUUCUCAAGAAGCUUACUGUAUUUUAUGUACAUUUCAUCAAAUGGGAUGUGAAAGUAUAUUGACAAAGUUUAAAUGACAAAAUUUAUAUUGUGAAUAAUGACUUACACCAUCCUUAAGUCUAGUUAAACUGGUUAAGUCUAACAUGUUACAUUUCUUACGGAUGUUUUCAAGCCAAAUGUCUCAAUAAAUAUUGACCUU